CUGCUCUGUAUCUGUACUCCGCUGAAUUUGCGGUGGUCGCUGGUCCGUUCGCCGCAUCCUCUGCCAGCAGCAGCGAUAAUCACCGCUGUGUUUUUGGUUCACGUCGCAUUACCCGUGUCCAGCGGCCGGAAGAAAACUUUCCAGUGGGCAUGUGGAAAGACGGACACCGACUCAACGACCCAUGAGAGGUCGGCCCAUUUCCUCAUCCAUCAUUCAUCAUGGACCAAAUCGACCUUCUGCUGCUGCCUGUGUCGCCGCCGGGAUGGAUUCCGCUCCGCUCCCACGGCCGGCCCCCUUUGCCCAUUGCCCCUUGAACACUGGGGCGCAAGAUUGGGCAUCUUCUCUACUGGACCUUCAAAGUGGAAUUCGCCAACAAACAUCCCUUUCUAGGUACCGUACCUUUAGUUGGCGAACAGAACGGAUACAGUACAAAUGUCCUGUCGUCGUACGCCUUGGACGGGUGGCACCGCGUUGAGUUGAUUGAACGAGGAGAAGCGCCACACAUCCACCCGCCGUCCUACGCUCUCGCGGGGUGUCGGCGUCCAAACACAUGCCGCCGCCAUACUCUGUACGCCCUAGGCAGAUUUCCAGAUUCUGACCGCGAUUAAUUGCGUUGGCCGGUGGAUGGAGGGUGACCUGACUGGAUCUGAUUGCAGGGUUUGAGGUUGAGAGGGGGCCGGCACACCCGCCCAUGCAACACGAAGUAGAAAGGCGCCUUGGCCUACAUCAUCACAUUUGCCCACGGCGGGUUUCCGAGACUUUGUCUUGUCUUGCGUGCGGGAGGGUAUUUACCGUACCGUAUUUUCCCCAUUUUCGACAGACAAAAGCCCGCCUCUCUUGUCGGUGACCUUGACGGCGAAGAGAGCCUUUCCCCCAUCAUCUUCUCCUUUCUCCACAAACAAGGCAAACGGCCCUUGAACAAUGUCUGUACACACCUUUGACAAACUCUUGUUGCCAUCAAGACUUCUUGUCGCUUGCCUGUCAAUCCUCGACUAGUCCGCUUCUGGCCUCGUGGGGGGUGCUAGUUGGCUGGGCCAUUUCCGCGUUUAUGCGAUCCAUCCGGCCGUCCCGCGUAUUGACGCCGCCCGCCCCCUUUAGAAGCUCAGCCCUGCAGAUCGACCCCCGGGCGCUACCGAGCUCCGAGCUUUUUCGCAAUGUCCGCUCGACGCCGUGCUGUGCUCGUUGAACUCCGUUACGCUGUUGACACGAGGCUCGCUCGACUUGUCAGCAUCGGCCAAAACUUCAACACCGGCCGGCACUUGCGGGUCGGCGUAAUGGAACCCAUCUCCGUUCGGGGAGCCUGCAACUGUGAGACAGUCAAAGUGGGCGUCUCAGUUCCGCACGCUCCGGAUGAUUCAACAUUCCACCGAGGUCAACCCCGCAAAUCUCCGUCUCGGUCAUCCAAAUUCUCCGGUUUCCCACGCCGAUUAGUAUAGAUUUUGUCCUGCCGGUCCGUCAACCGGCUGGAGCAGUGCCCCUGCCUUGUUGUCAGCGACAAUGAUCUUCACCUCAGCACCGACUCGUCAGCAAAGAGUUUGUCUUUGUUCGCCAAUGUCAGGCAGGAUGUACUGAUGGCGCACACUCGUCCCCUCCACUUAUCGCGAUCCCCUAGUAAGUGAGGAUUUAGACUAGACGUUGUCGGCCGGAGCGAAUCCCCGAGAUGGAUAAGAGUAUCACGACUCUGCUCUCCGACACCGUUAAACAUUGCGGCCGUGGCCUCGCUCACUCCAACAUCUGACAUGUCCCGCGCGGCGUUUCCGCUCGGGGUAGCUAGCUGUCGAACCCUGCUCAGUCGGGGCUCAGCUGGAGACAUUCUCCAUUCGGGCCGUGUGCCUACAAUCCAAGACUUGUACCAAAGACUUGCGUCAACUCGAAAAGCCGACAGUGUCAUCACAGCCGCCCACCUGUCCACCGGGUCGAUUCAAUCAUGGAGGAACUGAAAACGCAAGGCAAAGUCCACCAUCGCGAAUAUCUCCCGUACCUCUCCGAGGUGAUGGACAGUCGAGUCGAGGCUUCCGAAAGGACUGCUCCUGAAGCGACGUGCGCCUCCUCCAACAGACAGAACUAUAAAAACGGGUAGAUAUCUCUGACGCCGACCAUGUCUGUCGAAUGGGACUGCUUGCUUGUCU